AUGGCUCUAUCAAAAGCCGAGUCCGACAUCAUCUUCAACAGAGCAAAUGUCGCUCUAGCCCGCAGUCAGCGCCUCGUCGCAUCAUGGCUCCCUGCGUCAACGACGGACGACUCGACCCAAGGCAAAUCCGAAGAGGAGCUUCAACGCGAAGAAGAUGAGAUCUUCACUGUGGUUCCCGAGACACUCGGCGUGGGUGCACCGCUGCCCGAAAAAGCCGCAGACGGAAGCUGGAAUCGCACAGAAUUAAGCUCCAACGAUAAAUUACGAAAACAACUUCUUGGGAGGAACUACGAUAAAUUCAUGAAAGCUGCAGCGGCGGCGAAAAAGCAAGCGCCCAAUACACCUGCGACAGCCGGGCCGGGAAUGAAUGGAUCUUCUACACAAUCAAACGGCAACAUACACACACCACCACAGACACAAGAAGAUGACUACGACGACGACGAGGGAGGUCGGGUCUCGAUGGUGGGAAAGAAGAAUCGCAAGAUGAUGAAGAAUGGUACCAAUAAGAAGAGGAAAGCGGCAGCAGCUGGCGCUGCGUCUGCGGGAGUCGAUAUGUCCCCCGCUGCGGAUGAGGCUGGUUUGAAAUCCGCGGCGCAUCCGAGAGAAGAUGCAGAUGGAUUACCGCAUGCGAGCGCGGAUGCAAAUGCGCAUGUUGAUGCAGAUGGUGGACCGGUCGAGACCAGUCCGCCUGUGAAACAGGCUCAGUCCAAGGGAAGGAAAAAGGCGACGAGUUAUUUGGAUGAGCUGCUGGCUGAGAGGUCUAAGAAGAGAAAGAAGCGGUGA